AUGAUUACAUCUAUUGAAUGUUCGGCGAAUGAUAUCGCUCAAUUAUUACGAUAUAUAGCUUUAUAUGGUGAAUUCAAAGAAGAUGAAAUUCACCGAACAUCACGGACGUUUAUCCGUUUGGUGUCACGUGGUAAAACAAAAUUCGAUGAGGGUGGGAAAAAAGCUCGUAAAAAAGAAUUAUCCGAUGAAUUGGACUGUGAUAGUGGCGCAAAACGGAGCUCAAAAAAGGGCAAUGCAAUGGUAACUAAAUUAGUCCUAAAAAAUAGUAGUCAAGAGUGA